AUGGCAAGACCGGAGCAGGCAGUACCGGUACUGGAGCAGAUAUAUCGGCCCAGACUCUCCGGAGUGAAGCCGAUACCUAUUCGGUCGCGAACUUCGAGUUCAUAUGAACUGUCGCUGGACAGGCAGCGAGCGAACCCCAGGGCCAAAGCAAUGUCCCACGACGUCGGCCAGUUUGUGCUCGACGUGGGCGAGCAGAAGUUCACGCCAACGCGCGACAUGCUAGACCGAACCCAGACUUCCUACCGCUUCUCGCCGGCCGCUGAAACCCGACUCGCUUCGCCGACGUUCGACGUUCCUAAAGCGAGAGACUAUGCCGCUGUCCUAGACGGCGGAGCGCGGGCGCGACAACGCUCGGGGUGA